AUUGCAGCGAUGCGUGGCAUAUUGAAUGCCAAUAAAUUAGGCUACAGAAUAAAUUUGAUAGGCAUCCGAAUACACAACAGGCUGCAAGAGGCAUCCAAUUACGCGUCUCAAUUUCAUGAUAUCCCUUUUCAUUUCGGUUACAUUGAUUCGCUUUGGGCAGGGAUGCGCUGUGAGGCCCGGAUGCAGCGGGGCCUCACAUCAUUUCAAGGUGGUUUGAUGUAUCAGCUCAGCUCAGCAUGCCGUGCGAUUAAAAGGGUUCCUUGACCGCUUAACCUCGUGUUUAUCCUUCCAUCCUUCUCUCCUCUUUCUUUUCUUGUUUAUCCUGCGCCGUUCUGCAGAUAAGAGUCAUUGACCAUGGCGUUGAAGCAGAAUGGAGGCGCUCAUUUGAGUAGCGAUAUUGACUUUAUUCCGACACCCAAAGCGCCCGCUGACGUACUCUCGACUGGCAAGAAUCCGGGCGUUCCAUUGACCAACUCUCCCGCUAUUAAAAACGCUCCGCUUCCCGCCGACGGCCCCGGAUACGAACAAUGGUCCAACAUCUUCCUCGGCGCCGCUCUUUACGGAGUUCCCCAAUGGCUCUCAUGGAAACUCGGCGGCGGUUUCAAAACUGCUCUUUUCCUCGCCAUUUUCACCACUGUCCCUGUACUAAUCGUCAUUUGGACAUUCAUGUCACGAUUGAGUCCGCGAAUUAACGAUAAGGUCCAUUUACCCGGCCGACCGAUCGAGUUCUACCUUACCUUUAAAACCGACCAACUUCGCGCACGAUACACAGGCCGCCAUAAAAUCCCCAUGAAUAAAUUCUUUGAGCUUUAUUUCACUGGCCAAGUUGAUCUCAAUGCUGACGCCCUCGAAACGUUUGAGUAUCGACAUGAUUGGGCUACGUUUAAUUUCACCAGCGAGACAUUCAAUUAUCUUUUAUUCAAUUUCUUUCCCGAUGUUAUUCUUCAUUUGCGAUCGCAAGAUGAAGAGCAAGUUCGUACCAAUUACGACAGCGGAAAUGAUCAUUACGCUUGGUUUCUGGGCCCACGAAUGAUCUACACCUCUGGCAUAAUUUCAGACCCCACGCGCGAAGAAACACUCGAAGAAAUGCAAGACAACAAACUCGCCAUCGUCUGCGAAAAAAUUAAUAUCAAGCCCGGCGACCGAGUUCUCGAUAUUGGCUGCGGAUGGGGCACGUUGGCGAAAUUCGCGAGCUUGAACUACGGUGCGAACGUCACGGGCGUAACGCUCGCCAGAAAUCAGGUUGAGUGGGGAAACGAUGGGUUGAGAAAAGCGGGUGUGAGUGAGGAGCAGAGUAGGCUUUUGUGCUGUGAUUAUCGUGAUAUUCCGGAGCAGAAGUUUGACAAGAUCACGCAGCUUGAGAUGGCGGAGCAUGUUGGUGUGAGGCGGUUGACAGGGUUUUUUCGACAGUGUUAUGAGAUGCUUGAGGAUGACGGGGCGAUGUAUGUUCAACUGUCGGGGUUGAGAAAGGCGUGGCAGUAUGAGGAUUUUAUUUGGGGGCUGUUUUUGAAUAAGUAUAUCUUCCCCGGCGCUGAUGCGUCCACGCCGCUGUCCUUUUACGUUGGAUGUCUCGAGAGCGCUGGGUUCGAAGUCAAGAGUGUUGACACUGUUGGUGUCCAUUACUCCGGAACACUCUGGCGAUGGUACAGAAACUGGCUUGGAAAUGCCGAAAAGGUCAAAGCCAAGUAUGGUGUGCGAUGGUUCCGCAUCUGGGAGAUUUUCUUGGCUUAUUCCACUAUUGCGUCUCGUCAAGGUUCCGCUACUUGCUUCCAGAUCGUGGUUGUCAAGAACCUCAACUCGACUCAGCGAAUCAAUGGUGUUUACUCCCAGUAUGGUCUACAUGGUGCUCUUGAAGCGGCUCGAGCUGCUGGAAAGGCUGUUCUGCCAAAGUGAUGAGGUUUGGUUGGGGAAUGUGAACAUCGGUGGUAUGAAACCACUUCCAUGUUGAGUUUCAGUUUGUAGCUGGUGGUUGGUUUUUGUGGUGUAAAUUUAUGUCUGUUAACUUUGUAUUGCUGGUACCAGCCAACGGAAGACUGUGUAGCUGGAAAUUCUACAUCUUGAUUUCAGCUUUCAAUACCAAUAAGAAUCAUUUGAAAAGAUGAUGUAAAUCCAAAGAAGUGACAU